GGCGCCGCGGCCGUCGGGGGCCGGCGGCCCGGGGGCGCCCUGGCCCGGGGCGGCCGCGAGCUGAACGGCACCGUCCGGGCGCCCGGUGGCCCGGAGGCGGGGAGCCGGCGGGGGCAGCCCGCGGCGGCGGUGGCGGCGGCGGCCAGCGCGCCCGUCACCUACGAGACGUGCUGGGGCUACUACGACGUGAGCGGCCAGUACGAUAAGGAGUUCGAGUGCAACAACAGCGAGAGCGGCUACCUGUACUGCUGCGGCACCUGCUACUACCGCUUCUGCUGCAAGAAGCGCCACGAGAAGCUGGACCAGCGCCAGUGCACCAACUACCAGAGUCCGGUGUGGGUGCAGACGCCCAGCACCAAGGUGGUGUCGCCGGGUCCCGAGAACAAGUACGACCCGGAGAAGGACAAGACCAACUUCACCGUCUACAUCACCUGCGGGGUGAUCGCCUUCGUCAUCGUGGCCGGCGUCUUCGCCAAGGUCUCGUACGACAAGGCCCACCGCCCUCCUCGGGAGAUGAACAUCCACAGGGCUCUGGCCGACAUCUUAAGACAACAGGGACCAAUCCCCAUAGCACACUGUGAAAGAGAAACUAUCUCGGCUAUCGAUAGCUCUCCCAAAGAGAACACGCCGGUCAGAUCAUCCUCGAAAAACCACUACACUCCCGUGCGCACGGCCAAGCAGACUCCAGGACAUUAUGGGAAGGAUGCUUACCGAAGUGGAGGACCUGAUCUCCAUAACUUCAUCUCAUCUGGAUUUGUCACGUUAGGAAGAGGACACACGAAGGGUGAUCAUCAGUAUAACCAUCCGAUUUUAAGCAGCGCUACCCAGACCCCUACACAUGAGAAGCCUCGGAUGAACAACAUCCUGACAUCGGCCACCGAGCCCUAUGACCUCUCCUUCUCCCGCUCCUUCCAGAACUUGGCCCACCUGCCCCCAUCCUACGAGUCCGCAGUGAAGACCCAUCCCAGCAAGUACUCAUCCCUGAAGAGGCUAACUGACAAGGAGGCAGACGAGUAUUACAUGAGAAGGCGGCACCUGCCCGACCUGGCCGCCCGUGGCACCCUCCCCCUCAAUGUCAUCCAGAUGUCCCAACAGAAGCCGCUGCCGCGAGAGCGGCCCCGCCGGCCCCUCCGGGCCAUGUCUCAGGACAGGGUCCUGUCCCUGGAGCGGGGCCUGCCGGAUGAGUUUGGCAUGCCCUACGACCGCAUCCUGUCGGAAGAGCAGCUGCUCUCCACGGAGCGCCUGCACUCCCAGGACCCGCUGCUGUCCCCCGAGCGGACGGCCUUCCCCGAGCAGUCCCUGUCACGGGCCAUCUCGCACACGGAUGUCUUUGUGUCCACGCCCGUACUGAACCGCUACCGCAUGACCAAGAUGCACUCCCAUCCCAGUGCGUCCAGUAACUCCUGCGCCACCCUGGGCCACAGCCAGACGGCAGCCAAGCGCCAGGCCUUUGCCUCACGCAGACACAACACCGUGGAACAGCUGCACUACAUCCCAGGCCACCACACCUGCUACACAGCCAGCAAGACAGAAGUGACCGUGUGACCGGCAGGGCAGG